UUUAGCGCGCGCGCGCGCACGUGUCUUGUGUGCAUCUGCGCAGCAGACACGUGGGCAGCUGGACGCUGUUUGGGUGCCUUUGCGAAUGCGGUCAGAGCUCCUUUUUUUUUUCUCCCUUCCCUUCCCCGAAGUUAAUCCCCCGAAGAGGAGGUGUGGUUCUCCUCUCCUCGCCCUCCGCUGCGUCACCUCGGCUCCGCGUCGCUCCUCCUCCUCCUCCUCCUCUUCUUCUGGAGGGGUUGGUUUCCUCUCGUCUCCUCUCCUCUGCAGUCCUUCUCGGGAGGGAGAUGAGUUCUCGCGGCGAGAUGGGGGAGGCCAUCGAGCUCAGCACCAGAGAGCACGUGACCCCGGAGAUGAACAAGCUUCGCCAGAGCCUGAGGAGGAAGAAGCCCACCUACGUGCCCGAGGCCAGCAGGCCGCACCAGUGGCAGGCGGACGAGGAGGCGGUACGGAAGGGCAAAUGUAACUUCCCCGUUCGGUACCUGGGGCUGGUCGAGGUGGAGGAGUCCAGAGGGAUGCACGUGUGCGAGGAUGCGGUGAAGAAGCUGAAAGUUAGCGGGAAGAAGACGGUGAAGGCGGUGUUGUGGGUCUCAGCAGAUGGACUCAGGGUGGUGGACGAAAAAACCAAGGACCUCAUCGUGGACCAGACCAUAGAGAAGGUCUCAUUCUGCGCCCCCGAUCGCAACUACGACAAGGCCUUCUCUUACAUCUGCCGGGACGGCACCACCAGGCGCUGGAUGUGCCACUGCUUCAUGGCUCUCAAAGACUCGGGGGAGAGGCUGAGCCACGCGGUCGGCUGCGCCUUCGCCGCCUGUCUGGAGAGGAAGCAGCGGCGGGAGAAGGAGUGCGGCGUGACGGCGUCCUUCGACGCCAGUCGCACCUCGUUUGUGCGCGAGGGCUCCUUCCGCUCCAACCCGUCCUGCCAGCAGAGCUGCGGCGGCGAGAGGGACGACAAGCUGCAGGACCAGAGGAAAGAACAACCUCCUGCCGUCCCGGCCCUCCCGCCCGGAACCGCCUCCCCGCCCGAGGGGGCGGCGUCCCCCAUGGAGCGGCCCGAGCCUGGCGGGCCUCACGCCAUCCCGCGGCGCCACGCGCCUAUCGAGCAGCUGGUGCGCCAAGGCUCGUUCCGGGGAUUCCCGGCGCUCAGCCAGAGGAACUCUCCCUUCAAGAGGCAGCUGUCGCUGCGCCUCAACGACCUGCCGUCCACUCUGCAACGCAAGACCGACUUCCAGGACAAGAACCCCGACAUGGACUUGGGGUUGCCGUGUGAGGGAGACUGCAGCAUCAACGCCCUGUGCAGCCAGAUCAACAACUCCUUCACCAACCCACCGGACGAGCUCUUCUCCAGCCCUUCUUUGCCGGCGAAUGGCCCCCAAACCUGCACAGUGCCGCCUGCCCUGCCCCCACCACCGGGACCAAUGCAGGGUACGUCUUCCUGGGUGCAGCCGGAGCCUGCGCUCCACUCUCCUCCCCCGGUUUCCGUGGCGAUGCAGAUGCAAAUGCAGAUGCAGAUACAGAUGCAGAGCGGACACAGACGCACACCCUCCGAGGCGGAGAAGUGGCUGGAGGAGGUCUCAAAGGCUGUCAAGGCUCAGCAGGGCCCCCCCAUCCCCAUCAUCCCCGGACCACCCUCCGCGACGAGUCAGGCGGUCGUAUCAGCUGCCUCGGUGUCCGGUGUCCCCUCGCCGCUCGGCACCCUGUCCAAACCGCUCCUAUCGGGCGCCUGUGUUCUCGCGAGUCAGGCGCUGAUGCCCCUCCCACCCAUGUCAAUAUCGUCGGUUCCCCUGAUACCCGGCCCCCCGGUGUCCGGCCCCCCGAUGUCCCUACCGUCCAUGUCCAUUCCCACAAUGUCCGGUCCGAGCAUGUCCGGGGCCUCCAUGAUGCAGUCCUCCCUCCCCGGACACCCGGGCUCACUUCCAACCUCCAUGCAACCGUUCCCUUUGGCUUUCGAUACCGCCCCGGCUCCUGUGGGCAUGUUUGCCAGCCAGCCUGUUCAACCAGCAUUUGUGCACAUGCAGACCUACAUGCCCGGCCUGGCCAGCAGUAUGACAUAUCCCAACGCCAGCGUGCCUGUGGUCGGCAUCACGCCAUCGCAAAUGGUGGCGAACGCCUUCUGCACCGCCACGGGCUCAUCCGGUGCAGGCGGAGCCUUGAGCUCGGCCGUGGGGGGGCCCAAAGUCGGGGUGCUCGGAGCGGUCGGGCAGCACCACUCUUACCCAGCAGUACCCGGGUCAGUCGGGCACGCCGGCGGGUUUUCCACACCGCCGUUCUCUCCCACUCCGCCGUUAUCAACGGCCGUCAAUGGCCUCCACCCGCACAGCAGCGCCAUGAUGGCCCUCCAGAACGGGACCAGUAACAUCGGCGGGACCUGCGGCGGCGGCGGCGGCGGAAGCGGCUGGCCGCCGGAGGGCAGCCAGCUCACGGCUCCGGCAGCCAGCGUUUCCCAAGACGAUGACCGCUUUGAGGCCAAGUGGGCGGCGCUGGAGGCCAAACCCCACCAGCCCGGGACGCACAGCCUCGGGCAGCACACCCAAACCGAUUUCCAAAAAUUUUACGAAGAGUUUAAGAAUUAA